AUGCAGGCAACUUGCAACCUGCCUCUAGCAGCUUCCAGCAAGCUGCCUGCAGCAGCUUGCUGCCUGGCUGUGCAGGCAGCAAGCAACAAGCUGCCUGCGCACAGCAGCAUUGCUACAGCAAGCUCAAUCAUUGUCGGUUUUAUAUAUGUAAUUAUCUUCCACAGGGUAGCAAUGGCGGAUCGAAAUAGUAAAUGGGUUGGAGUAGGGUUCGUAACCUACGCCUAUAUUUUGCUCUAUAUCGCGCUCUCUAGUGGCCAGAUCUUCUUCAACAAGUGGGUUCUGUCGUCAGAGGAAAUUAAUUUUCCAUAUCCUCUUGGAUUGACCCUACUUCACAUGAUCUUCUCCUCUGUAUUGUGUUUUAUGCUUACUAAAGUUUUCAAGAUUAUGAAAGUUGAAGAAGGGAUGACUUUGGAAAUAUAUAUAUCUUCAGUCAUCCCAAUUGGUGCUAUGUUUGCUAUGACUCUUUGGCUUGGAAACACUGCUUACCUGUAUAUAUCUGUUGCAUUUGCUCAAAUGUUGAAAGCAAUCAUGCCAGUUGCAGUUUUCAUUCUUGGUGUAGUAGCUGGACUUGAAAUAAUGAGCUGCAGGAUGCUUCUUAUAAUGUCAUUGAUUAGUUUCGGUGUACUGGUAGCUUCAUAUGGGGAAGUAAAUAUCAGCUGGGUCGGUGUUUUUUACCAAAUGGGAGGUGUUGUUGGAGAAGCUUUGAGGCUAAUAUUUAUGGAGAUUUUGGUGAAAAGGAAGGGUCUUAAAUUGAACCCUGUAUCUGUGAUGUACUAUGUUAGCCCCUGCAGUGCUAUUUUCCUCUUAAUUCCCUGGAUCUUUCUAGAGAAGUCGAAGAUGGAUGCACAGGGGACCUGGAACUUCAAACCUGUUGUCCUGACUCUUAAUUCUCUUUGUACUUUUGCCCUCAAUCUUUCAGUUUUUCUUGUCAUCUCGCAUACAAGUGCUUUGACUAUUCGUGUGGCAGGAGUUGUCAAGGAUUGGGUUGUAGUUCUACUAUCGGCCAUUCUUUUUGCAGAUACAAAGCUGACACUUAUCAAUCUGUUUGGUUAUGCAAUUGCUAUUGUAGGGGUAGCUGCGUACAAUAACCACAAGUUGAAAAAGGAAGCUUCUCGAGUUGUGAAUUCAGACCAGCCUGCUGAAUCGCUCCCGCUAGUUUCAUCUCAAACUUCAAAUAAGUAA